CGCAACUAAGACAUUCCAACUGUAAGCGAGACGGAAGUGCGGCGCUGUUGGUCCAAGGGGUUUGAUCCUUCGAGUGCCGUGGUCAUCGUCAAAUUUUACUUAAGGCGCAAUAGUCUCUCACGACAUUUGGCAAUGCGUUCUUGUUGUCAUCGAAUACAUUACGUCUAGAACCUGAAGACUACUCCCGCGAUUACUUGGCGAUAAUACACCCAAUCCUCCCGGCAAUCGACCAGAUACCUCCAACACACCAACUACGAACACCGACAAAAUGACUCAAGCAUACAUCAUCGGCGAUAGCUCGCCGUUCCUCAAGCGCGUCUUGAUUCCCUUCUGGGUCAUUCGAAUCGCGAUCAUGGUUCUUGAGAUCGUCCUCUACGCCGGAACUAUCGCCCUCGCGGCCUCUAACAAGGAGGCUCUGAACGACUACGGCGACGACAACAGAACAGCAAGCUGGGUCAUUGGCGUCCUCUGUGUCAUAAUGGUUAUCAUUCUUAUCUGCUUGAUUCUCGACAUCGUCUGCAUCGUCAAGCGCUCCCGACGCACCCUCAGCCCGAAAUUCUUCCUCGUCUCCAACGUCAUCCAGACUCUGGUCUGGGUCAUUCUGUUCAUCCUCACCAUCAUCGGUGCUGGCGGCGCAUUUACCUUCAUUAUCGCGAUCGUCAUUCUCGCUUCCUUCGUUGGUCUCCUCAUUUAUGCUAGCGUCAUCUACCACAAGUUCCGCAAGGGCACACUGCCCCGCGGGAACUACGCUCCCGCCAACCCAAGCACUGGUUACACUGGAGGGUACGCCUCCAACGAACCCAAUAAGACCUACGACCCGAACGCAGCCCGUUACGAGAUGGACCAGAGAUACGCAUAAAUCGUUGGUAAAAGGGUUUCGGUUAGCAUUGACUGGUUUAAACACGGCAUUUACGACUUGGUCAUGUCCACAAGUUGAUUGUAUCAAAGAAGACUCGGUGAUAGUUCCUUUUGUAAAUGAUGAGUAGGAUGACUAUAACUCGGGCUAAGAUACCAGGCGUAAAGAAUUGAAUUUUAUUGGUUUCGCAUACUCAAUCGGCCACAGGGUCAUUGUCUCGACAAAGGCCAGCACCCGUUUUCUUGCUCAUAUCUCCAUCAAUGAAGCUGGUAAAGUUGUGCAAAUAGCUAUGAGUACGUUCUCGCUAUGAGUCGAAAGCGCGAUUUAUGGGAAACGGGUUCGCCUUAUAUACCCGUUUCCCGCGAGCCUGAGCUUGAUUCUCUAUGCCCCA